AUGGAUAAAGAUAGCAAUCCUUUAGAGACAGAUCACGACUUAGAAGAGAUCAAUGAACUCAUGUAACCCUUACGCAGCAAAAACUUAGAAGAGCAGCGCAGCAAUUAUGAAAAACAAGGCGAGUUCUUAGAAGCAGAAAAAACCCACCAAAGGAUUCUCCAGCUCAAGCGUGACCACAAGGAUCGUCGUGAAGCCAAGCUUCUUGACCGUCAAAACAAAGCCUUAGAAGAGCUCGACAACACCUUUAACGAAGAAUUCAAAAAUUUUAACGAUGACUGGGAUUCUCGCAUGGAGAAGUAUCGUGAAGAAUGCAAAGAGCUUGAGAACCAGCUGAAGCAGAAGCAGGAAAACGAGUACGAGACCACUAAAAAGUCCUUAGAAGACUCCAUCCCUAUCAUCCCUAAGCAUUCUUCUGAAUUCUUGAACCUCAAAAGAAUCCAAGACACCUUGGUUACCAAGCACGAAUACGUGGAAGCCCACGCAAUUCAGCAACAAAUGAUAGAGCUAGAAGAAAAGGAAAAGGAAAAUUGGGGCCAAGAUAGAGACAGCCAAAUUAAACAAGGUUUAGCAGCCCUGCAAAAGAGGCAGGAUAAUGAAUUGCAAGCAUUUAGGCAAAAAGCGAAAAAUGGUUUUGACGAGAUGAAGAAAACCAAGGCAGUGGAAAUGGAAAGUUUGCUUAAAAAAUACCAAAAUAUCAAAAAAGAAAUGCAAAACGCCCAUAGGAGAGAGAAAAAUAGGUUUGAUGGAAAGCAUACAACUGGGUCAGGGAUUUUUAUUUCUGAGACCACAGGGACUAAAAGUGUGUUUUCUGGGAGGGCGACUUUUUCAGGGAGGUCUCAAAGUGGAACUUUUUCAAUGAGACCUCAGAGUGCAACAAGCCGCAGCUUUGAACCUAAAGAAAUUAUUCUGGUUUAUAAGAAUAAAUUUAAAUAAAAUAUUAUUUGCAUUUAAAUAUGUAUUUAUAUAGAAGAGAUUAGUUAA